AUAAAUAUCCGUUUAAUAGGUGAUUAAGUGAUAACUUAAAAUAAAAAUAAAAUGUUUUCCUCAAGAAUUUCUUCUCUAUGUAAAAUAAACCAUAUAUUGAAAACGAACAGUAUUAUAAGAUCGACAGCAGUUAUACUAAAUCAACAAAAACGUUUGAAAGCCGAUUUGUAUGAACCUGAUUAUUUAAUAAGCAUGGAACCUGAUGAACCUGUGUAUGACUGUUUAAAUUUGCAGUUAAAAAGCUAUGACUUUGCAGUGCUAGAGGCUUGCCAAGCUGAAAUACAUCGUGUAGCUGAUAUAAUGGGUGUACAAGUUGAUGAAUGUUGGGCAACACCUGCCCAACAAUUAAAAGUGCAACGCUAUAAACCUAGAGGCACUGUUGUGGACGCUGAAUACAACCUUAAUGUUUAUGAAAGAAAUGUCCAGGUAGUGGAUGUACCCGCAUGGGCGCUGGGCACGUUACUUCGCUUAGCAAGAGCGUACUUACCGGAAGGGUGCACUUUGAAUGUCCAUGAACAUACAGUAGAUCAUGAAGAAAUUCGUUAUGUGCCUGAUAAUGAGCUCUUAGAACUUAAACAACAACUGGAAGACAUGGGCGGAAGCCGUCAAGAGAAUAAAAAGAGAAAAUAA